AUGUCCAAAUCAAGCAUACCCAGCGUGAACGACCUGCCCUCGGCAGACGAGUUGAAGAAGGAUGCUGUCGUCGCAACAAAGCAGACGUUUGCGAGUUUGCGCUCGCUAGUGUCUGGAGGUGCCGGUGGUGUUUGCGCGGUCGUGGUUGGACACCCCUUUGAUCUGGUCAAGGUGCGCCUACAGACCGCUCAGGCCGGUGUCUACAGCGGCGCAAUGGAUGUUGUGAGGAGGACAAUCGCAAAGGAGGGUCUCGUCAGGGGUCUGUAUGCUGGUGUCUCGGCUCCUCUGGUCGGAGUGACCCCAAUGUUUGCUGUCAGCUUCUGGGGUUACGAUUUGGGCAAGAAGCUCGUCAAGUCGUUCAGCACCGUACACAACGAUCAGUUCACCGUCGGCCAAGUAUGCGCCGCUGGUGCCUUCUCUGCCAUCCCUACCACCGCCAUUACCGCACCUUUCGAGCGUGUAAAGGUCUUGCUGCAAAUCCAGGGUCAAAAGACAUUGGCUCCUGGCGAGAAGCCAAAGUACGCAGGAGGUGUUGAUGUCGUGCGUCAACUCUACAAGGAGGGCGGUGUAAGAUCCGUCUUCAGAGGAAGCGCCAUGACACUCGCCAGAGAUGCCCCUGGAUCAGCAGCAUACUUCGCUACCUACGAGAUUGUCAAGCGCAAGCUCACACCCAAGAACGCAGACGGCACUCCUGGCGAGCUCAGUCUUCUUGCCGUCAUGGCCGCCGGUGGUGCCGCUGGUAUUGCCAUGUGGAUUCCCGUUUUCCCUGUCGACACCAUCAAGAGUCGUCUGCAGUCGGCAGAGGGCAACCCUACCAUCGGAGGCACCGUCAAGGAGCUCUACAGAAGAGGAGGUUACAAGGCAUUCUUCCCUGGUAUCGGUCCCGCCAUGGCUCGUGCUGUUCCCGCCAAUGCUGCCACUUUCCUCGGUGUCGAGUUGGCUCAGAAGGCCAUGACCAGAAUGUUCGAUUAG